UCGCUGAUCGUCUUUCCGUCCCUGGUCUGCACGGUGAAUACCGGCUUCGCUCGACAGUAAAAGGCGAGAGGCAAAGCAGAGUCCGCCAUUUCCGGCUGAAUCGGCGAAGGCUCGCAGUCUCGAAGCGGCGCAGCGAACUUCAUGUGGUCGGCUCUCCUGCGCUCGCGGCUGGCGCCGUCGUCCUCUGCCGCGCUCCAUCAGCAGUGGAGGCUAGGGUUUCCGUGCGCGAGCCGCGCUUCCUCCACCUCCUCCGCCGCCGCCGCGGCGCCGCAAGGCGUCGAUCAGUGGUCUAUACUCGAACUUCCGGAGGUGGAGAAGGUGCUCAGCGACGUGAGGGCGGACGACGUGAAGGUGAUCCAGGGUCGCAAGGAUCGUGACUGGGCCGAUUACAUCGUGCUGGCCACCGGCAGGUCCUCCUGGCACGUGAAGAACAUCGCUCAAGCCCUUCUUUACAAGGCUAAACAAAAGCAAAAAGGAGCUCAAAGACUGAUGCUGCCGACCGUAUCAUGGUCAACGUCAAGUGGGGGAAAAUCUUCGGCCAAAAAAGAUGAGAAGGAAGGAAAGUGGGUUGUCAUCGACUCUGGCAAAGUAGUAGUUCAUGCUCUUGAUGAAGAAGCCAGAGCUUAUUAUGACUUGGAUGGUCUCUUGACAACUGAUACGCGCCAAGAGGAUUCGAUUCAGGAUUUGGGAAAAGCCAUGGUGAAAAUCCGUCGCAAGAAUAACUCCAAACGGCGAACUCAAGAUGGUGCAUGAGAAAAUGCCUCGUCUGCCCUGUUAGUUCCCUGGUUUGGUUUGCCUCUGUACAGUCGAAUGUCAUGUUCUCGCUGUUUAUCAAGCUAGAACCUUGUCGAAGACGCAGAGAACUCGACUUCUCGAGGUCUUCUUAUUCGAGAAUAUCAAGGAGCAGAGUGCUGGUGAGUGAUGAGUACGUCAUCUCUCUUCUCUCGUGAUCGUCGUGAGGUGGGGAGCAAAGGAGUCCGAACUGUUCAAUUACGCUUUCUCCGAGAGAGUAGUUUAGACGUCGUUAAACAAACCUACCUACCUUUCUUAGGCGGAUGGAUGGUCUCUUUUUUGUUGAAUUUGAUCAACAACCUGUCUAAGCGGCAGUCCUGAUUCUCCAAAUUUUUUUAACUGUAACCCUUGAAAUUCUGAGCUCAAUAUUCUUGACAUUCGGGUCUCUUUUAUUUCACGAAAAUUCAAGACUCCAAAUCCUCGAA